AAAAAAGCAUAAUAAAAUCUAUCUUUGAUACAAAGUUUUCUUUAUUUAUUUUUUCAUUUUAACAACAACACAAAGAUCAUGAAUUUUUUCUUCAUGAAUAAAAUUGUGAAGAAAAAAAUGAUGUUUGUGCUUUUUUUCUUGUCAUUUUUUGUUCUUAAAACUUUGGGUAUAGAGAGAGGAGUUUCUAUAAUUGAAUCAAUUUCUAUGAGAGAUGAUGUGAUAAAAAUGGCUGGUUAUGGAGAAGAAAAGCUUUCCACUGUUUUUAUUCAUGGAAAAAUUGUUUGUCAUGAGUAUCAUGAUCAUGGUUGUAACAAUAUUAUUAUCAAGGAUGAUAAUUUUGAACUUGGUUCAACACCUAUCCAAGGUGCAUCAGUAGGUGUGUUCUGUGGAUCAAGUGGAAAAACAAGAAGGUCAUGGGCAAGAAACACUACAGAUGAAGAUGGAGAUUUUCUUAUUGAUCUUCCUUCUCAUCUUCAUGCUAUUCCAAACUUGGAAAAAACAUGUCUUGUUAAAGUCCUUCAUCUGCCAAGAAACGCCAUUUGUGAACAUGCUUUUAGAGGAAAACACAAAGGACUCGAGCUAAUUUCUAUCGGUGGAGGCAUCCGUACUUACAUGACACAAACAAUUCAUCUGACCCCUAAAGUUACACAAAGGUGCAGAAAGAAAGUUGCUGUUAUGUGAUCAGGAGGCCAAAAAUACAGCACGUCCAACGACUCAAAUCUGUUGGCGCUUUGAUCAGUCACAAACAUUGAGUCGUUGGAUGAAGCUUGAAACAUAACCUGCUGGUAUUAGCCCACAAUUUGUGUUUGCUUCCUCCCACCGCGAGUUUAUGUGUGUGUGUGUGAGAGAGAGAGAGAGAGAGAGAUGUAAAUAUAAGGUUUCUUCAUUCUUGUAUGAAUGGUGUGUAACAGGCACAUGUAUUUCCACUGAGAAUAUUAAAAGUAGCCUUUCAUGGCCACACCAGAUGCACAAACUUUGAAUAUAUUCAAGUAAACAGCAUAAAUUGUAUUCACUGCAGAAUCAAUAACUAAAAUCUGGGGUGCAUAAAUGUAGCAAUCAUUCACACAAAUCCACAAAAAACUAAAAGACGUGCUAAAAGAAAUUUAAGGACGAUGUGAUCCAGGUAUUCAACAGCUUAUCAGACAAACGAAAAACUAUCCAGGAGAAUGUUCCAAAAGAAACCUUUGUCUAUUCCGAUGACAUGAUAUCCUCUCCUCGGGACAACUAAUAAGUUACUCUAUGAACUCUCCUGAGCUUUCUUCUCAGCUCCAGAAAUGAUAUACUGAGCAACAUCGGCACAACAUUUAAG